CAACUACACAUCCUCCUCACUUGUCAGCACAGUUCCUGAGUUUUUUCUGCUUCCCUGGUGCCAGUAGUUCAGACCUAAGCCCACGUCCCUACCUUUACAGCACUGCAUUCCUCGGGGAUGUUUCCGAAGAAGUUUGCCACCCUCUCACCUACUCAGCCCUUCCGUUUGUUGUCUAGCAGGCUCCACCCUCAGUUCAGGGGAUGAUUUAAGAUAUCCUCAGAGCCUAGAUGUGAAGUGACGGAUGCGCGCGGGCCAAUCCGCUGCUCAUGCGCACUCAGGGCCUUAUGCUCCACCUCUCUGGCUCUCAGCCGCUCCGUUCCCUUGGCAACGUAGUACACAGUGCGAACCCUUAGUAGUGCACGAUGUGCUUCAGCAAAGUAGAUGAGAAGAGUAGCAGAGGACUACGGAACAGACAGCAGAAAAAGGGGAAGGUGGAUGAUUACUCCUUUGGGACACGUCAGAAGAGGAAACUCUUUCCUCACUACCACCCCCCAACCUGGUUGGGGAACUCGUUUCUCCCUGUCAGGGGAUCGCCCCACACAGGCCCCGGGUGUUACACGGCAGCAGAUUGGAAUGGUUUAGCAUACAGCCUGUCUCAUACCCCGACCAGUACAAAAGGUUAUGCUAUUGGAGCCAGGACAGCCGUGAGGUUUAAGCCAGUCAGCAAGGAUGUGACACCAUAUCCAGGAAUGUACCAGAAAGUUUGUACUUGGAAUGAAAAAUCCAAACAAAGCUUUGCGCCAUUUAAUGCCUUGAUGCCUCGAUUUAGGGGUGAAGCUCAGGGCAAUUCUUAUCCUGGCCCUGGUACAUACAAUCCAGAGAAGAAGUCACCCCCAAAAGUUGUUUGGCCAAUGAAAUUUGGAUCUCCAGACUGGUGUCAGAUUCCAUGUCUAGAGAAAAGAACUCUAAAAGCUGAGCUCUCCACAGACAAGGACUUUAGGAAGCAUCGGAACCGUGUGGCCUACUUUAGCCUGUAUUACAAAUGAGAAGUGGGCACCGUCUUCACGUGAUUUCCUGACCACAGAAUCUCCAGGCCUGAGGACAGAACUGCUCCCGUACUUCUGUGUUCCUGGGGCCUCUUGUUGGCCAGUUCGGCAUCCAGGGAGGGGCAAGGGUCUCAUAGUCACCCUAUGAAAACAUAAAGACUGUUCUAGAAUGUUC